GCGAGCAGUAAUGAAGGUAAGUUGGUGUUGAUAUUGAUUUGGGUAAAGCCAUGAAUAGGACGGCGCUGACAAAUAAAGGAGGAGGGGCAAGAAAAGAGAAGGUUAAAACGAUUCAUUCAUUCAUUUAUCAAGAUAAAAACGCAUCGAAUCGACCAGUUUGGCGGAUUGCGUAGGAGGAGAGUUGAAAUUUAGUUUUUAAAUACUUAUCCCUCCUUUCGCCACCUUAAUUGGUACGUUAAAGCCCCCCAUGCUUUCUUUAACUUUAUCCACAAAAGAGUUUGGUCAGAAGCAACGAAAUCGCUACAAUCCUGGCGCAAAUUUGCCGUCCUUUAGCAGUUUGGAUUGUUAUUCUGGAGAUUGAUAUGCACACCAACUGCUUGCAUUUGCAUGAUAUGAUAGGAUACGGCUAUGCUUUUGGUAAAUAAAUCAUAACUCAUCAACAAUCUUUAGUUACUCGCAUUUCCCACCAAACGUCUCGCUCUCCCAACUGCUUAAUGGUCGCCUCCUCCUCAUCCUUCUGCAUGUAGGUGUACUGUUUUUCUUGCUUGCUCACACAUUUUUCCUUCAUUACCCGCCUUCUGGUUCAACCCACUUGAAGGCCCAUCAACUAUUUAGGAUACAUAAAGGGCUGUGAAUUCAAGGAAGGAUUGCCCAUUGAAGGAAGGAUCUGAGAUUUAUGGCCAUUCAAGCCCAGCAUCCCUCGAGUAAUACUUUCAUGGCGGAUCUCCGCAACAGCAGUAGUAAUAACAACAGGGCGAGAGCAAGUCCUGUUGGAAGAGAUAACAGAAAUUUAAUGGCGCCUGGUUCUGUAAUGCCCAUUUCGUUGACAGAAGCUUUUCAGCUUCAACCGAACAUCAGUGCGGCCAAUUUGUUUCCGGUCUACAAUUCGGUGGCUGGAUUGAAUUUCGGUCAGCAGCAUGUUUUGAAUGGGACUGUGUUCAGCGACCCGGAGAGCGAACUGACCUGUAAUAAUAUGUCUGGAUCCAGAAAGAGGGCCAGGGAAGAUGAAAUUAUGCUCACGCAGCAUCAGAGACAACAAAUCUCGCAGCUUACAUUGAUGAACAUGAACAUGAGCAUGAAUAUGAAUAUGAAUAUGAAUAUGGCAGAUUUGCAGCAGAAAAACGCAGCGGCAGCCGUUACUGCGUCUUUGCCUCAAUCUUUAGGUCUGGUUCCAACAGGUCUUCAGCUCGCAUAUGAGGACGCCCGAUUGAACAAUCCGGCCCCCGCAUCCACAAGCGCUCGGAACACGAAUCCUUCUUCUUCAUCUAAUUCUUCCUCCUCCACACGGCUGUGUAUUUUUGGGGACGACCUGACAGCCCAGAUGCAACGACACCAGGAGGAGAUUGACCAGCUCAUUACUAUGCAUAAUGAGAAGAUUCGAAUUGCGGUGGAGGAGAAGCGGCAGAGACAUAACAGAGUCCUGGUUGCGGCGCUUGAAGAGGGGAUUCUGAGAAGGCUCGAGGGAAAAGAUGCCGAACUGGAGAAGGCGAGUCGCAAGAAUGCAGAAUUGGAAGAGCGUCUGAAACAGCUGAGCGUGGAGUCCCAGAUUUGGCAAAACGUGGCCAAGAAUAAUGAAAGCAUUGCCAAUACUCUUAGGGCCAAUCUGGAACAGGUUUUGGUACAGACAAGAGAACAAAGCAGAGAAGGGCGUGGUGACAGCGAGGCUGAAGAUGCUCAGUCUUGCUGCCAUGAUUCUGAUGCAGAUGAUGCGCACUCGAGGACCCUGAGAGAAAACAUUGAGUUGAAGGAACAGCGAAUUUGCCGGGUUUGCAGAAGCAACAGUUGUUGCAUUCUCUUGCUGCCCUGCAGACAUCUCUGUGUAUGCAAGGAUUGUGACACCAGACUCGAGAACUGCCCACUCUGUAAAUCCACCAAGAAUGCAAGUGUACAGGUCUACAUGUCCUGACUUUCUAGGUACAGGAACAAGGAAAUCUCUGACAUUAUAUUCGUUUAGGGCUAUAGCAAUUUGUACAUGGAAAAUUCAUUUUAGGCUACCGGAACUUUUGCGUUUUGAUUUACAAGAAUUUCAUAUUAUAAGCAAUUUUGGUGUUGCAAUUGCUGACCGAAAAAAGCAUUCUCCUUGAAUCUUUUCUUAUCUGAGGAUGGACCUGGAACUGUUUUUGAUCCAUUCUUCUUUUGGGGUUUAAUGUGAUGCCUAACUCGAGCACUGUUUAGCCA